GAUGGCAAGCUCCGACGUGCAGAGCUACCUAGCUAGUAGUGCAACUGUGCAAGUUAGAGCUACAGCCAAAGGGCAGCCAUGGCCACGGCUACCGCUGCUUCACCUGUGCAACAGAGGUGCUGCAUGUUCCCCGGCCGCGAGCACCGGACCGCGAUCACGGUGCCGGAGUUCAAGGAGUGGCUGAAGCAGUUCGACACCAACCACGAUGGCCGGAUCAGCAGGAAGGAGCUCCGGGAGGCCAUCCGCCGCCGGGGCGCGUGGUUCUCCAACCUUAAGGCCCUGUUUGCUGUCCGGCGCGCCGACAAGAACCGCAACGGCUUCGUGGACGACUGCGAGAUCGAGGGCCUCAUCGUGUUCGCCGAGAAGGAGCUCGGCUUUAAGGUCACUCCUUGAACUCCGGCGUACACGUUGUAUUAGUGAAUUCCGUCUAGUAGAGACAGCUCGUCUGGUUCGCUCUACAGGACGUACACGUACGUUGUAUUAGUGAAUUUCGUCUGUUUUUCGUGCCACGUACUUAAGUAAGUUUGUAUACUGUAGUAGCUAGGUUUUUUCUUUUCACUCACCCUCUAUAUAUAUGUGUGUGUUGUAGCUAGCUGGUUGGUAGCUCAGCUUUCCCCUCCUGAAUAAUUUAUAUGUGCGAGGAGGAAGGUGUACUCUACAGCUAGCUUGUAUCUUGUUAUGAUUUAGAGUUUGUAUAAUAAAAUAAAAUGAUUUAAAUAA